AGCUCUCCCCUGGUUGAAGACAUGGCCCAGGCAGGAGCUAAUGGUUUUGCUAUCUCUGCUCUCCAUGGUCUUGAGCCUACCACACUGCUCUGUGCUCCUUUUUCCUUGGGAACCCUGCCAGGGAUCAACUUUGGAGGCUGCAGGAGUCCAGCCAGCACUGCUUUGCCUGGUCACCUCUCUGGGGCAGAGCAGAGCCCUCAGACCAUGUUCCAGCUACCAUGCCGGGACAGAGCUGGUUUUGGUUGUUUGGAUUUGUUGUUCCCUCGGCUCCUGCUCUGUGAGGAGGUAAAAGUCCAGGCCAGCGCCUGGAAGUGCCCUGCCCUCCCUCCUCCCCUUGUAGCUAGGAGUCUCCCCAUGGACUGAAUGAACCUCCUGACCUCCUCCAGGUCACCAUGCAGGAAAAAGGUGUUUCCUGUGAAAAUGCUGACAGAAAGAGCCUGGGAGACAGCCGGAUGGCCAUUUGCCGGAAACGUUCCGGUCCGUGCUCUGUGCUUUCCGCAAACUGGCUCCUGCCUAGUUAAAAGGGCAGAACUGGGGCGUGCUCUGUCUUGCCAAGGAGAGCAGUCCCCACCAGAGCCCAUAGGGCCCUGGACCCUGGCCACACCACUGAUUUCAUGUGCUGCUCCAGCCCCAGUGCCAGGUGGAGGGAGGCAUGAAGUGGGAGAGGAAAAAGCAAGGAGGAAACUUGAGGCCAAAGAGAGGGUGAGGCAGAAACUGAGAGGAAGACAGGCAGACAGAACCAACCAACGGACAAGAAAGCUGCAUACAGCCCACGCCUUGGCUUGGAAGCCCCUUGUGGCCAGCAGCACCCAGUAUCCAGACCGAGAUGGCGCAGCUGCUGUUGUUACUCUUGUGUCUCCAUUUCUGGCCAUGGAUUGGGAGCUCUGCUCAAGAGCUGGACCCUAAUGGGAAGAAUGUGUGCAAGGCCACCAGCCUCUCUGCAGGUCUGGUCUGCUGCCGAGGUUGGAAACAGGAAGGCAGGGACUGCACAGCUGCGCUGUGUGAAGGGGAGGAUGCUUGCAAGGUGGAUGAAGUGUGUGUGAGACCUGGGAUCUGCCUCUGCAAACCUGGUUUCUUUGGAGCCAACUGCAACUCCCGCUGCCCUGACCAGUACUGGGGCUCGGACUGCAAGAAGAGCUGUUCAUGCCAUCCCAAUGGGAAGUGUGACCCUGUGAGCGGCCAGUGCACUUGCAAUGCCAACCGCUGGGGAGUGCUCUGCGAGUUCCCAUGCCAGUGUGGGCCUCAUGGCCACUGCAACACCCGCACUGGAGCCUGUCACUGUGAGCCAGGCUGGUGGGGACCGAACUGCAAGAAGCAGUGUCUGUGCAGGGUGGCCGGCUCCCACUGUGACCCUGUCUCAGGGCAGUGCGUCUGCACCCAGGGCUGGUGGGGCAGGAGAUGCAGCUUGAGAUGCAACUGCCACCUCUCACCCUGUGCCCAAGACUCAGGCAGGUGUGAGUGCAGGGCUGGGUUUUGGGGGCCAUUGUGCCAACAUCAUUGUGACUGCCUGCAUGGGAACUGCAACCCUCUUGAUGGGCAUUGCAGCUGCAAUCCUGGCUAUCAGGGCAGGAGCUGUGGGGAUCCCUGUCUUGCCGGUUAUUACGGAUCUCAGUGCAGAUACAGCUGUGGGCACUGCAAGCAGAGCCAGCCCUGCUCUCCUGUGGAUGGGUUCUGCCUGGCAUGUGACUCUGGCUGGAACGGUACCCUCUGUAAGAAGUUGUGCACGCCUGGAUACCAUGGGGAGAACUGUGCACAGAUGUGUCCCAGCUGUCGAAAAGGGGAGACCUGUCAUCCAGAGACAGGGGCUUGCUUGAACUGUGACCCUGGCAAGACAGGACCCAGCUGUGACGCACCCUGCCCUGCUGGAACAUUUGGAGAUGGAUGCCGGUUCACCUGUCCAGACUGUGUUAAUGGGAGCUGUGAUCCAGUGGCUGGGGAGUGUAUCUGCCAGGCUGGCUAUUGGGGCACCAGCUGCAAUGAGACCUGCCCAGAGGGUUUUUUUUGGAGCGAACUGUUCUUCCCCCUGCCACACACACUCUGGGGACUGUGUGCUCAGAUGGCUGUUGCUGAUGGUGAUGCGGUCUCCAGAAUGAAACAUCAUGUGCAGGGGGUGCUGGCAAAUCUCAGCUCCAUGUUACCUUGCCUCUCACUGAGUGGCUACAAACUCCCCCGAGUCACAGUCUCCCACCAUGACACAGAGAUUCCCUUCAAUCCCAGCUUCAUUGAACCGCCUUCUGCUGCCUGGGCCUCAGACAGCUCCUUCUCCUCUUCCUUUGACACGGACGAUGAGGGCCCAGCCUACUGUGUCCCUGCCAGAGAAGAUGUUCCUGCAGUGGCAGGCUUUGAGCUUCAGGAAGGCAGCUCCAAGUGUCAUGAAUUUCCUGACGCAUCAGCAUUUAACUCCGAGGACGUCUCCCAGCCUUUCACCAUCCCCCGCACAUCCAGCAUUGCCAGAGCCAAGAGGCCCUCGGUGUCUUUUGCAGAAGGAACUAAAUUUGGCCCUCAGUGUCAAAGAGGUCCCAUGGAGACACCAAAUACCACUCGGAAGCCCAAAGCCCCCUGGGGUCUCACCAAACUUCCCUCUCACCAGCACCAUGCUGACCCAGAGGAGGGGCCCCAGCAGGGUGGGUCGCCAGGUGACUGUUACGAAAACCCAGAGCCCAUCUCCGAGGCUGAGGAUAGCCACCGGCCCUCCCCCAGGGGUACCCCAGGAGGCCAUAGGAUGGCAGUGUCCAGUGGCAGUCAUGUGGCCCAGAGAGUCGAGGCCCUUGAGUCAGCUUUGAAUCCAAACACUUUGGAUGUUAGGGGGAAGGAGCAGAAUGUCACAACCAUUUACGUGACUGUGGGGACAGCAGGGAAAUCCUCCAAGCCCAAUGAGAGUGCCAAUGGAAGCAGAGAGGGGACAGUUCAGGCUGUACUGAAACGUUUGGGUAGCUUCCAGAGAGUAAAAAGGGCUUUCAGGGAGGAGCCCAUGGUGAGGAAAAGUACUGAGAGCAUCCAGAAACCUCCCCGCAGGGCCCUGGGCCCAGAGAGGGACUCCAGAGACCUGUUCCCCCAGCCAGCCCCUCCACACAAGGACAGCUCCAAGACAACAGGUCUGGAGCCCUGUGAGUCACCUGCGCUCCUUACAGAUAGACACCAGAUAGAUGUUCCUGUGAAGAGAGAACCUCUCAUCCCCACAUCUCCUAUAUUUGAAAGACUAGUGGCUCAGGAAGGAGAAGAUGGGGUUACAGGGGACCCCAAGAAGAGUGAAAGUCUUGAAGAGGCCAGAAGCCUAGAAACAAAUGAACAGACUGUUGUUGAGGAGGAACCCAAAUAUGAAAAUGUGUCUCCAAAUCGCUGUCCUUCAGACGAGCCUCCUGCCACCUCCCCUGACUGUGCGGCCAACACCUGAAAACCCACCCAGGACCCAAAUCCUGCCUCUGUUUCAGAACGGUGACAGUCAUCACGAUGGAGCUGUGGCCACAGGGGGCAGUGUUCCUUGCAGGGCAGGCCACGAGUUAUUGAAGAGUGCUAGGUCUGCAAGAUGUCUGGUAUUAGAGGGAACCCAGAAUUUCACCUCCCAGACAUGCCACAUGAACUAGAUUAUUGUCUAGUGUUACCAUUAAAUCUCUGUGUGUCCCGCAGGGUCAGGUUCUGCAUUGCAUGUUAAUAUGUUCAAAUGAGGCAACUUGCUGUGAGUAGCAGUGUUACCUAAUGGGGCCACAGAGAUGCCCUCUUGAGUUCCAUGUUAGUCUUGCCAUGAAUCAUUACCAAGGAGGUACUGUGCUGCAGGCAAGUCAGUUCAGGCACCUCCAAUACAAGUAGAUUAGUCAGAAGAAGUGAUUGUACCUGACAGCAUGUUUAUUUGGUGACUGUGCUCUUAGCUUGCUGGGCUGACCAAUAAGACAAGGUUAUGUUUUAGGAAAAUACCAUCCAUGUGAGGUUCAGGAGUCCGAAUUACAGCGGAGUAACACAGACAGCCGAUGCACGUGAGGUGUCACGCUCCGUGACAGGUUACCUCUCCUUCGAGUCAGGUACUUAUAUGGGCGCGUCACCAGGGGGGCACUGACCACUAGUGAUGCUUCCUUUUGGCCGCCCUGGGGAUUAGCUCUGGCCAGGCAUUAUGCCCUCCUCCGUCAGUGUCUCUCCCAUUGUCCUCUUGCUGUCUGCCACUCAAGGGGCUCCCUUUUCAUGACUUGGCCCUCCAGCCAAGUCACCAUGUGUUUUCCCCCUUCCAGGGUGUGUGUAUCAAAGUUCCUCCAUAUGAAAUGGCAGUCUUCCCAUUACUGCUGAAACCUGCCACUCCUCCAGUGGCUGGUAGGGGGACCCGGGCCCUCCCUCUACUCUGGUUCCCAGCUCAGGGGCCCUCUCAUUGGCAGCGAGUCUGACCUACCUCAUACUUUUGUGGCUUUUUCCAUGAGCCUUGCUUACCUCUCUGCGUUUGCCAGCCCAAACUCCCCCCUCCCACUGAGUAACUGUAGGGUACUUGCCUCUAGCCCCAGACACACCUCCCUUCUCCCAGGGAGUGACUGCAAACUCCUUCCCUGCAGCCGCCUUUCUGCUGCCAAUUUCCUGGCUGUAUAGCUCCAACCCAGCUCCUUCCUCCUCAGCUGGCCUUCCUCAUUCAGUCAGGGGAUUGCUUAGCAACCUGACCCCCCAGUUGUGGCUUGUUGGGUUACACAGGGAGUCUGUGGCAGAGCCAGGGCUUGAACCCAGGUCUUAAAACCAGCCUUCCUACCCUUACCGGUUACAGUGGUCUCUUCAAAUCCUUGCCAGGCUCCAAAACCAGAUCUGCAAGGACAGUCUUGCCUGCAGCCUCCCAUUGCUCUUGGUAGAAAACAGAGGGCUCAGUGAUCCUGCCCCACUCCCAACUCUCCUUGUCAGGCAACACACUGAGCAGAGCAGACUUUAUGCACAAGCAAAGAAAGUGUCUGCUUGGGGCUUGAGUCCUCUAGCCCCACAUGCUAACGGGACUUGGCAGCUCCCAGGCCAGCUCUAUCUUCCUCCCUUGCAGGAGGAAAUAACACACUGCUAGCCCCUGUUAUCAAUAUGCUUAUGAGGGCAGGGAGCAGUGACUUGGCUCCCUAUUCAGGGAGCUCACAAACAGAGCCUGACUGGUGCUGAGAGUGCCAUGGUCGUCAUUGCCCAUUUAGCCCAUGGGACCCCUGCAGAGAGCAGCACCCACACCUCCCUCCCUGACUAUUGUCAGUUGCUCCCCACAGGGGACUCUUUCUGACUCAGCAGCACUGAUGGGACCAGCUGAAAAUCCUAAAAUUAGAAGCAGUGCCAGUGGGGAAGUGGGACAGAAAGACACCCUGCAACCAGUUCCUGCCACUGAGCCCAGACUGCCAUGUCACAAAGGAGCUGGGACUGGACUCCUGAAAAUCCCCAGAUGGAGAACAUAGCUGGGGCUGUGAGCAUAAAAGCUCCAGGGACUUGGGAGAAUGUUUCCAGAGAGCAGCUUUCUGUGGGGCACUUGGGUCACAUAUGAAUGAUUCUGGGACCCCAGGAAGUGUUUCCCCCUCACCUCAUGGUGUUUUCUAUCUUGCCAGUGCUGUCUUGCUGAGCGAUGCAUUUCAGCCUUUAGGUGCAACAACACUACCUUUGGGCUAAGAUGUGGUGGGAAGGCAGCUGUCUGUUUCCCCCAAGAUCUCACAAUGUAGCCAUUAUACCAGCUGUGCAGUAAAAAAUGCUCCAUUCCCCUGCU